AUUACAGACAUCGAUAUCCAGAAGCCGCGCGGGCAAUAGAAGGUGCUGCAUUCUGGCGAGCCUCGCAGGCGGUGUGACCCCAGGAGACAUAGAGCUGGGGUCGAAGGAAGAAAAGACCCUGGGCCUGCGGUGGUUCUACGAGUCGGACGAGAUGGGAUUCCGGACACAUCCUCGAGACCCAAAGGAUGUAGAAGCACGAACCCCGACCAAACGAGAAGUGACUAGCGCGGUAAUGUCAACCUUCGACCCUAUGGGGCUGGCAUCACCCGUGCUAAUAGAAGGGAAAGCGCUCAUUCAGAGCAUUUGGCGGAGCGGGAUCGACUGGGACGAUGUCAUCCUGGAAAAGGACGAGGUGGCGUGGAAACGCUAUAUGGAGAACCUUCGCAUGUUGCAAGGCCUCCGAAUAGCAAGGUGCUUCUCGUGCUGCAGCACUGAGGGGGAGCUGCACACGUUCACCGACGCCAGCGAGAAGGCCUACGCGUGUACAGUCUAUUGGCGUCAAAAGACAGACGAGAGCACCUACCGCGUCACGCUUCUAGCAGGGAAAGCCAGGGUGACCCCACUGAGACCAGUCUCCAUCCCAAGGUUGGAGCUGCAAGCUGCGCUGCUGGGGACAAGGAUGGCGCAGGCGAUAGCGGACGAAUUGGACAUCGCGGUCUGCAGAAGGACGUAUUGGACUGACUCCAGUACAGUCCUGACAUGGAUAAAGACCGACCCACGCACGUUCAAACCUUUCGUUGCGCACCGACUCGCCGAGAUAGAAGAGUCAACGAAGCCCCAAGAAUGGCGAUGGGUGCCUGGCUCGCAAAACCCAGCAGACGACGCAACUAGAGAGGCGCCGGCGGAUUUCGACCACACGCAUCGGUGGUUUAAUGGACCCGAGUUCCUGACGUGGGAUGAAUCGCGCCGGCCCAAGCCGCGAACAUUCAAGCAAGAACCGUCUGGAGAAGAGAAAGAGGCCUUCCUGGUCGCCACGGCGAGGACCGCUGACGCUAGACCCACGCCCGAUCCGCACAGAUUCUCGAGCUGGGUCAAGUUAUUGAGAGCAACAGCCAGGGUCCUCCAAUUUAUCGAGCUGUGUCGACCCCGGAAGGAGAGCGCCUGCGUGUCCAGACAAUUGGAGCAGCAAGAUCCCACGUGGAGGACGACGCGAGCGAAGCAGCCCCGAUCAACAUGGAAGAUAAGGACUCCAGAAGCACCUACAGAAGCGUGGCUGCCGCUCGAUCCGCCCCACUUGAAGAAGGCGGAGAAGAUCCUACUGAGAAGCAGCCAAGGAGAGAGCUUCGGUGAAAAAGAUCCCGAACGUCACCCCAAGUUGCGACGGCUCGACGUCGUGAUGGAAGAUGGCCUGUUGCGCCUGCGCGGACGUAUCGACGCAGCGCAAUACAUAGAUGCAGGCUGCAAGCGACCGAUCGUGCUGGACGGGAAGCACGUGAUAGCGAGAUUAUUGAUCAAACACUAUCACGAGGCGUUCCAGCACGGUAACCACGCAACGGUGAUGAACGAGGUGCGGCAGCGCUACUGGAUCCUAGGUCUAAGAUCGAUCAUUCGAGCGACGGCCGUCCGAUGCCAGUGGUGCAAGGUCUAUCGGAGUACACCACGACUACCGCCCACCGGAGACCUGCCGAUAGAGCGGCUACGACAUGGAGAGCCGCCGUUCACCUGUGCUGCCGUCGAUUACUUCGGGCCGAUGACGGUGACUGUAGGACGACGUCACGAGAAGAGGUGGGGCGUGCUGUUCACAUGCCUCACCACGAGAGCAGUCCACAUGGAGCUAGCAGCGUCACUGACGGCAGACUCAAUGCUGUUAGCGCUGCGCAGGAUGGCCGCCCGACGAGGAAUGCCCAAAGUCAUUUACAGCGACAAUGGGACUAACUUCGUCGGCGCCAACAAGGAGCUCAAGCAGGCAAUCGAGAAUGCAAGGGAAGCAGACGUCGUGUCACGGGCCGCUCAGAUGAACAUAAAAUGGAAGUUCAUCCCGCCAGGAGCGCCGAACAUGGGAGGCGCGUGGGAACGUUUGGUGCGGUCCGUGAAGACCGCGCUGGCAGUCACACUGAAGGAAAGACACCCGAGGGAAGAAGUUCUGCACACUCUUCUGUUGGAGGCGGAGCACGUCGUCAAUUCGAGACCGCUCGUCGCCAGGGAAGAGAGUUGGGAGUCAGAAGCACUCACGCCGAACCACUUCCUCAUAGGGAGAUCCUGCGGAGCUCCAAGCAUCGGCGACUACAGAGACGAAGACCUGACCGGCAAAAAGAACAUGGAGAGUGGCGAAGCGUAUGGAAGACCACUUCUGGAGUAGGUGGGUCAAGGAAUACCUGCCUACGCUGCUGCCCAGGAAGAUCGAUGAGAGAGCAGCCGGCGAGAACUUGCAAUGUGGGGAUACCGUCCUCAUAGUGGACUCCACGCUGCCACGCAACACAUGGCCGCGCGGGCAAGUUGUUCACACCUACCCAGGCCCCGACAACCGUGUACGAACCGUCGACGUCAGAACGAGCGGCGGUCUGCUUAAGAGACCUGCCUCCAAGAUGAUCCUGCUGGUGCCUGCAACGAGCGACGAGCCCACGCCCAUAGAGUCGCCACUACAAGGAGUCGGUGCUGCGCACGAGGGGGAGGAUGUUGGCGACAGCGGCGUCGCCCCAUAAUUAUAGAAUAAGUUGAAGAAUAUAAUAGAAUAUAGAAUAGAAUAAUAGAUUUAUAUAGAUACGUACAUAGACAUAGAGUUAUAACAAAUAGAUAAAUAACAAAUAGAUAAAUUAUAUAGAGUGCAUAUAGAUAGAUAAGGAUAUUGAUAACGUGCACAUAGAUUUUAUUAAGAAUAGAACGUAAGUUGCUUUGAAAUAAAUAGUAUACACUUUUGCUUUAUUAUUCCCGAUAGUUUUAAGAUUAGCAUAUUAACUUAAAUGAACACGCGCCCGGCCCGCGUCCCGAAACGAUGUAACAAACAGCAUUUAUCUGUGUUCAGGACCGGGUAUUUUGUUUAUACGGGCGCGUCAUAUAGAUUAAGCAUAGAAUAAGUUAUAUGUAUCGAUAGGGAUUACAACAUAGAAUAGUUAAGUAUAAGGCAUUAGUAUAUACAUUUAUUAAAUAAAUAGAUAUAACGAAUAAACCGAGCCGAUCAUAGUGAAAAUGAUCUCGACGAGAGCCGUAUUUUACACGAGAUCUCUGUAGGGUAACAUUCCGAGGUAGUUAAGCGACCCUGCGACGUUGUCAGGUACCUGCCGACUUGCCGACCGACUACCUGCCGACCUACCGACCGACCCUCGACCGACUACCUGCCAACCGCCGGCCGCCGACCCUCCGAACGAAGAUUACAAAAAAACGCACGAGUAAAGACAUCAGCGCCUCGAAGAUAUUUAUUGAAGACUCGAAGACCAUUGAAAAGAUCGUCGGUUAUUGAAUUCGGUUGUAUUGACAGAUCGGUCGGCUCGGUUUACGUUAAUUAGUAAAGUUUUGAGUUUUAAUUUCGAGUGAGCUUGUACGAUAUCGUACACCUCAGGACCCUACAUCGACUGCUUCAGAUCGACACGAAUAAUCGCCACGAGACGGGCAUCCGGCGUCUUAUAGGAUUUCAAGAAAUCUUAUAAGAUUCAUAAACCCGUCCAACCUGGGUUGGCGUCACUCGCCUUAUCGACACGGGUGACGUGCUGCGUACCCAACAAUGUUAAAAAUUCAGUAAAUUCCAUAUAAUAGCAACAAGAGACCAUGAUAUUAUUCGCUAAUUGAGUGUACUAAGCGAGUCGUGCGCACAAUUAUAGUUUUUUUUGCGGUUCAAUCUCACAUUUAUAGUUUUUAAUUUAUUAUUUUCGAAAUUUCCAACACUUUAUAGCUUCGUGGGCAUCGCUGACUAAGAUUUAUUCGCGUUUGAAUAUUGUGCUAAUAAUCGACUGUUCUUCUUCUUCUUCUUCUUCCUGACCAACCUUCAGGAUUGAAGUGCCUCUUCAAUCCUGAAGGUUGGCCGUUAGCUUCCUGUAUUCAUUUCUAUCAGCAGCCAGCCGGAACAGCUGUUCGACGGAGGCAAUACCGGUCCACUCCCGGAUAUUCCGGAGCCAUGACUUCUUUCUUUGCCCAGUACGUUUUUGAUAGAAGACAACAUUUUCCGGGACAUAUGAACGCGCUGAAGCACGGUUUCGUUCCUGACCCUCUGCGCUCAACUAUCGAAAAAUCGACUGUUAAUUUUCUAUAAAAAUAUGUGGUCUAAUGCUGCGGCCUAAGCAGUGACUCAGUUACAGAUAACUGUUUCAGGAUUGGUCAACCCUACUGUAUUUUCAGAUUUUGUUUCAUAGUGUACCGCUGACGUCCUAGUUCAACCGCCUGGUUACCUGUUAACGCAAAUAAAAACAAUAUAAUUGGUCUCAUAAUUUAAGAGCUGCCCAAUAAUGAGCGACAGCAUAAUUCACGUUAAUUAAGAAGUUAUGGUAACCGCUGAACAAUCCUUCCCGACACCACUUCAAGUAUCUUCUCCCAUAUUAGGCGCGGUAACUCCACAACAUCCACACGUGAAGUCAGUCCGCGACCGAGCCGACCGGGUGACAAGGUGACACUACAAACCUUAAAUGCGUUUUUGAAGGAUAGCCGUUGGAGUCCUGCCGUAUGUGAGGAAUGUAGAUCUUCACAGUGACUGCAAACUAGAAUGAAUAGUACGCGAUUACCACGUCCGCACCCCCGGCUGUGAGCUGUGCUGUGACGCCCGCCCGCACUCUCGCCCGCGCUCUCAGUAUUCAGUCGCAGUCCGACAGAGUCGCUGAGUGCACGAAUCUUCUAUCCCCUUCCUCAUCAAAAAUAUAUUGAUUCACAAUGGCCUGCUCCGUGAGUGACACUCCCUCCCUGAAAGACCUCCCCAAGGUCGCCACAGACCUGAAGAGUCAGCUCGAAGGCUUCAACACCAGCUGUCUCCGUGACGUCGACACCAAUGAAAAGAUUGUGCUUCCGUCUGCUGAAGGUAGGAAUAAGAGUACCCUGCAUAUGUUUUUCACGCGAAAUCUGAAAUACCUAUUCACACCUAAGUUCUAUAGAUAUAUAUUAAGAUUAUUUUUGGUUUUUUAAUUACAGUUCUCGCGCGUACACUUGGAAUAUAGCUCCGAGUUCAAACUCAAAUUAAACUAAAUUAAAUAAAAAAAUAAAAAUGAAAUUAAAGUUAUCAUACGACAGUCAAAUAUAAUAGCUAAUAAAAUUAAGUAUACCUAUAAAAUAUUACAGCCAAUAAAAUUAUAUUACAGCUAAAAGGAACACCACAAACAAGAACCAUCGAAAGAGAUUUUUUACUUUAUCUAUUUUUUUUUUUAAUUCCACCACAGACGUGGCAAAAGAGAAGCAACACAACGCUUUACUACAAGGCGUUGAACUAUUCCAACCGUCUUCAUUAAGGAAAACCGAGACAAUAGAAAAAAACAUUCUCCCUAACGCAAUAGGUAUUCAUUCGCUGGGUUGAAAUAACAACUAACGCGAAGACGCCGUGUACUUACUUACAUGAGCUUUGUUUUAUUUCGUUGUCCAAUAGACAACUUUUUUAACAUAUUUAAUCAAGCGUAAGAUUUAUCUUCUGUACACUAAGAAUGCUUAAAGUCAUCAAUAAUUUAAACUAUUACUGUGCACAUACGAAAUAACUCUGCCAUUCUGAACAAUCCAUACUUCACGCAUGUGUUGUGAAUAGUUUUAAUGUAGAUCUAUGCGGAUUUUAAGUAAAUAUUUAAUCGAGUGAUGUCAUUAUUAUUAACUAGCGGCCCGUAUCGGCUCCGCUCGGGUUUUUAACAAAAAUUUCAACGAUAUUUGACCUUGUUUUAUUUUUUUAAAUAAAAGAACACUUAUUGCGGCAUAACUAUAAUAGUUAGUUAUAUGCUGUCGCGACGCUUUUUGUAAAUAAUAAUGCGUUCUACAAAGUCGUAGUAUAUUAUUUUAUUCUAUCAUCAAUAGUUUUCGCAGGGCACGCGAUGUAAAGAAUAUUUUAGGUAAUUUUUUACACCUUGGGUUACAUUAUUGGAGUUUUAGUAAGGAUCCCAAAUUUUUUUCAAAAAAGAUUAUAGCCUAUGUCACUCGAGAAUAGUGUAGUUUCCAAACAGUGAAAGAAUUUUUCAAAUCGGUUCAGUAGUUUCGGAGCCUAUUCAAUACAAACAAACUAACAAAUCUUUCCUCUUUGUAAUAUUAGUAUAGAUAUCAACAUGCUUCGACGCGCGCGACCACUUGCGCGGAUUUAACGCUGUCAAAUCAGUCCGCGAAAAAUUACUGAAAGCACGCAUUUGGCGCUAUAUAGAAAACUUUCUAGAACCAUAAACUUUCGUUUUUAAACGUAAACUUCAAACUUGUUUAUUUUACUCUGAACUCCAAGAACUAGCAAAAAACUUUAUACUGUUUUUUAAGUCAGCGUUACUAUUACAUAAUAACAACAUUUGUUUACGCUACGUAUUUUAUAACAACGCGCAUGUUUUGUAAAUGUUGUAUGUAUGUGUGUUUGAUAAAGAAAUAAUAACAAUUUGAACGGGGGCAAGCAGACGGGCUCGCGGUGAACGGCGCCACCCGUCCUAAAGAGACGAACAUUAAAUUAUAACGGAACGAAACACAAUGGCUUCGAAUCUGAACGCAUGACUGCUUCUCAACAUAUUCACGAUUGACUUACACGAUGAAGGAAUAACAUCGUGUAAUAAAAAUCAAACCCGCAAAAUUAUAAUUUGAUAAAUACAAUUAUAGUAUACUAUACUAAUUACUGGUUGUAGGACCUCUUGUGAGACCCCGCGGGUAGGUACCACCACCCUGCCUAUUUCGGCCGUGAAGCAGUAAUGCGUUUCGGUUUGAAGGGUGGGGCAGCCGUUGUAACUAUACUUGAGACCUUAGAACUUAUAUCUCAAGGUGGGUGGCGCAUUAACGUUGUAGAUGUUUAUGGGCUCCAGUAACCACUUAACACUUGUGAGCUCGUCCACCCAUCUAAGCAAUAAAAAAAAUAUAUAUAUGACUAGCUGACCCGGCAGACUUCGCAGUGCCUCAAUCGGUAAACAAAAGACCUAAACUUUUGUACAACUUAUAACAAACAAGGGAUCCGUCUGACGGGGGACACAUCAAAGGAAAAACAAAAUUAUUAUUUUUAUUUAAUUCCGGGCGUUUUCAUAUUUACAUAUCUACUUUUUAAACCUUCUCUGGACUUCCACAAAUAAUUCAAGACCAAAAUUAGUCAAAUCGGUCCAGCCGUUCUCGAGUUUUAGCGAGAUUAACGAACAGCAAUUCCUUUUUAUAUAUAUAGAUAAGAUGAUAGAUGAGGUAGUUUUUAAUUUUGUUCGUCGUUGAUUUUUGCAGACGUCGCCACUGAGAAGACCCAGAAGUCUUUAUUCGACGGUAUCGAGAAGUUUGAUUCGAGCCAGCUGAAGCACACCGAGACUCAGGA